AUAUUUUGAAUCCCGUUUGUUAUAUCUUAUCCAAAUUGCAAGAUGAAGUUCUAAACAUGCAUAUGCUAAUUUGAAGAACAACGUUCAUCACAUCACUACUUUAUUGUAUGCAUGAUGAAGAUGCUUUGCUUAUCGAAUAUUAUUCCCAUAAACAAAACAAUUCUUGCUUCUUCAUCCAAUAACGAUGUUCCUAUUCCUCCUCCUCCUUCUUCUUCGCCCAAGAGAAGAAAAGUUGGGCCUCGAAGACCACCAAAACCCACUGUAAUCCAAAUUGAACGCAUUGUUGGUGCUGGAAGCUUUAGAGAUGGCGAACAAGCGGGAGAUUCGGACGUGAGGAAAUCAGUGUUCGACUUGUUCUUGGGCCAAGCAUUUGAAGGGCCAGUGGAGAAGAAAAUCAGAACAACUGGCGAGUGGCUUCUUACUAAUGCUGAGCCUCGAUUUCAAAAAUCGGGCAAAGGAAUUCUCAAGUUUAUUUUCCAAUUGAUGCUACCAAUUUGGAUUAUGUCACUACUAGUUGCUAGUGGAGUUAUCAAGUUACCAUUCAGUAGUCCUUUUCUUGAUGACCUACUCUUGUGAGCCUAGCACACUUGUUCUUUACAGAUUCAAUGAAGGUCAAUUUCCAAGUUCAGAUAACACUGUUCUGAGAUAUAAAUGCAUGUAUAUAGAAGUAUACAAAUAUCUUGUCAUAGCAUGCCUCUCAAAUAAAAUAAUUUUUUUAUAAUA